AUGGCCGUCCAUCUUGAACCAGAGCACCAACAGACCACAUCUCUCCCUCUGCUCUCACCGGGCAUCUCAGUCCAGUUCCAUGGCGACCCUAGCGACCAUGGCAGGCCGAGACCGGCAACGCCUCCUCACACUCAUUCGGCCCCUCCCCAAAUGCAACAAUAUCCGAGUCCCCUGAGACAUCACAAGAGAACCCCGUCCUUCCACAGAGAAGUCAAGGAAACCCUCAACGCGAGAUCCGAGUACCUGGACGACGAUGUCGACGGCUGUUCCCGCCAACGCAUCAACCAGUAUCUGAUCAAGGACGAGAUAGGCCAUGGCUCUUACGGCGCCGUACGUCUGGCCACCGACCAGUUCGGCAAGGAGUAUGCCAUCAAGCAGUUCUCCAAGGCUCAGCUCAGAAGGCGCGCUCAGUCCAACAUUCUACGCCAUGCACCAAGAGGUCCGCGGAACCAGUCCAUCUCUCGCUUUUCAGAGCAGAGGCUUCUUGAGGCCAAGGAUGCCCUCUUUCUCAUUCGGGAGGAGAUCGCCAUCAUGAAGAAGCUGAAUCAUCCCAACCUGGUCCAGCUGUAUGAGGUGUUGGAUGAUCCCGAGGAUGAUUCACUCUACAUGGUUCUGGAAAUGUGCAAAAAGGGCGUGGUCAUGAAGAUGGGCAUUCAUGGUUCGGUUGAGCCUUUGCCCGAGGAACAAUGCCGGUUUUGGUUUCGUGAUCUCAUUUUGGGCAUAGAGUAUCUACACUCGCAAGGAGUGAUCCACCGCGAUAUCAAGCCGGACAACCUGCUCCUUACUGAAGACGAUGUCCUCAAGAUCGUCGACUUUGGAGUCUCCGAAAUCUUCCAAAAGACAGAUGAGAUGAAGACCGCCAAGCCUGCAGGCUCACCAGCUUUCUUGCCCCCUGAGUUGUGCGCAAAGCAUGGUGAUGUCUCGGGCAGGGCAGCCGAUAUCUGGUCCAUGGGUGUUACCCUUUAUUGUCUGCGUUACGGCAAGCUUCCCUUCGCCCACGAUAACCAGCUGGAAAUGUGGGAAGCAAUCAAGAACGAGGAGCCUCAGUUUCCACCUGACGAGAAACCCGAGUUUCUUGACUUGAUGCAUAAGAUCCUGGAGAAGGACCCGGCCAAAAGGAUUACCAUGCAUGAGCUCAGGGAGCACCCUUGGGUCACCAAGAACGGCCAAGACCCGUUGCUGAGCGAAGAAGAGAAUUGCUCUGAGCCAAUCGAAGUACCCAAUGCUCUCGAAGUCAACCAUGCCGUUACCCGGAGAAUGAGCCAUCUGUUCUGUGUGAUGAGAGCAAUCUCAAAAUUCAAGAGCCUCCUCAACCGCAACGGAGCCACGCCCAAAUUACAGACCCAAACCCUCGAAGUCCACCCUGGUAAAAACGAGCCACCAACAGCGGACAUCGACUUUUCCAACACCAACUUCAAGAGCCCUCAAAAUGAGGAAUCCACAGCCGAGUUCGCCAGCCGUAUCCUUGAAGAGCGUCGUCGAUUCUUCAAUCCCACCGAGCAGCAGCAGCAGAAUCAACAUCAACAAAACCAGCAACCCCAACCACCGCCCCACCUCGGCAUCGGCGUAGGCGGUGACGACACAAGCUUCGCCAUCAACCCCUCCGACCUCCCGCCCGCCGACCACGUGUCCGAGUCACCCACCAUGGUCGACUUCAACAUCUACGAUAACGCCUUUGAAGCCGAGAUUGAGCGGAUCAAGCGGACCGCUAGCAUGAGUUCUAGUGGCGGCCGUCGUAGGAAUAGUAAGGCUAAUGAACGUAGACGGACGGGUACGGGUACUGGAACAACGUUUUAUCACACGCGGUUGAAUAAGAAGAAGCAUGACACUGCUAUUCUGGGGAGUGAUGGCCAAGAAGAGGUGGGGGAGCAGGGGCAGAGGUUGUGGUCUGGGACGGGAAAGGGGGAUGAUGAUAACGUGGAUGGAGCUGGGGAUACGCCGAGGAGUUUGUGGCAGCCGCGAGGGGAGGCGGGAAAAGAGGGGACAAGUGGAUUUGCGGAUGUGGUAGCUAGAGCUAUGGAAGGGGCGAAGGAGGUGGUGGUUGGGGGUGGUGAGUUGGAGGGGGAAGGAAAGGAUGGGGACGGUGGUGGACAAUAG